GAUAACUGCAACCUCCGAGAGGCAAGGAGAAAAGACACGCAUCACAUCCUUAGCAGCAAUGGCAGAUGCAAACCUUGAGGCAAAGUUCCUUGCCAAACAUAAUGAGUACAGAAAGAAACAUGGAGCCCCUGCUUUGACCAUAAGUCAAGACUUAUGUAGUUCUGCACAGGCUUGGGCUGAUCAGUUACUGUCCACUAAAGCCUUGCAGCACAGUGACACCGACAACGGCGAGAAUCUCUAUUAUUUCCAGAGUUCUGCUCCAAAGAAACUUACAGGAGAGGAGCCUGUGGACAGCUGGUACAGCGAGAUUAAAGACUAUGAUUUCAGUAAACCUGGAUUUCUGUCCAACACAGGACACUUCACCCAGGUUGUUUGGAAAUCAACCAAAGAAGUUGGAGUGGGCUUAGCCACUGAUGGAAACACUGUCUUUGUGGUUGGUCAGUACAAACCUGCAGGAAACAUAGCCAAUCCAGGAUUCUUUCAGGACAAUGUUUUGCCUGCAGGGAAUUGAGACAUCAGCUGGUGAAACAUCUAAGAGAUAUGGAUGUCUACUAAAGCACAAUAUAUUUCAGAGAAGCUUUUGAAAUUCUGUACAAUAAAAUAACUUUUGAUUUUUCAAAGCAUCAUAUAAUAAUAAUUUGUAAUUGUGGCAUAACUAACGUGUUAUUUGACAAAUAAACUCUUGUUUAUAAAUUGUAAUCAGAUGAAUAAAAUGAAGCACACUGCUUGUUUA